AUGAUUCCGUUUCUUUUAUUAUUCGCAGCAUUAUUCGCAGUUGGAGUUUCCGGUUUCGGUGCUCCUGGAAUAGUCCCACCUGAAAGUUUCAUUGCUGAGCGAUGGUACCCAUCAAAUCUCCCUACCGUAAUGCCACCAUGGAAACUAGCAGGAGUAGAUAUUUCGCAUUUCCGAACUGCGAGACCCCAUCAGUCUCCAGGUACGAAUCCAAUCACUACAACACCAGUAGCCCCAACGAAUUCUCUUCCCAUGCCACCUGGAACAUCUUCACCGACGUUAUCUUUGGCAGAAGUUUCUAGCAAUGGUCCCCAUCCUCCUGCACCUCCACCGUCUUCCGUGGAGGCUUCUGGACUUCCAUCAAGCUCUGAACAAGAUGAAGAUGCUUCAGUUCAGAAUUCAACAGCUCCUACAAGCACCGAAGAACUCAUGACUCUUGGUGUAACAGCUACUAACAUUCAAACCGAGAAGCCAGAACAGGGAGUUCUAAAAAUUCUGUCUCCAGUUUUUGAAGAUAUUACAAAAGCUGAUAACAUCAGCGAUUCUGAAGAAGUCCUUCGAGUGAAUUCCGAGAAAUCUGUGGAAGGUAGUGGAGACAACGAACCAGAGUUGAUGUCCACUCUGGAGACAACGACCACCUCGUCUACGACGUCGGUGUCAUUUACCACCUCUACAACUAAAACAAUGACUUCUUCUGCUUCUUCUUCUACUUCUUCUUCUACUACAUCUGAAUCAUCAACAACAACUGAGAAACCCGUAACUGAACCAAUCACUUCUUCUACAACCUCAUCUUCUACUACAACUACUACCACACUUCCUACCACGACCUCAUCAUCAUCCACAUCAGCAACAAUUCGGGAUGAAGAAGUGACAAAGGCACCUAAAUUGAAAUUGGAUAUCAGCAACACGACUAAGUUGCGGCCAACAAAAGAAUGCAAAGACAUUCUCUUCUUGUUGGACUCGAGCGGAAACGUGGUGCAGCAAUACGAGAAACAAAAGAAGUAUAUCGAAGAAAUUGUUCACCAAUUGGAAGCGGAACACCCUCGUCGAAUGGCCUUGAUCACGUUUGCCGGCAGAACACGGCAGAAGAUUGUGGUUCCGCUACCAGAGGCACCAAACGGAAGCAAAUUCGUCGAGAAAUUGAGAAAAGCACGCUUCUUGCGAGGAGUCACCGCCGCCGGAGCAGCCAUCUCGGUUACAACACAAUAUGUUCUUCAGAAAAACCGACCUGUACAGGUCGUAGUCGUCACUGAUGGAUUCUCAUUUGACGAUGUUGUUAGGCAAGCUGAAGCGUUGAGAGCCGUGGUUGGAAUGGAGACGUUCGUAACUGGUAGAUACUUCCCAGUGGUUAGAAAUGUGUUGCAUUCGAUCGGUGGAGCUGAUGAUCAUGUUUUCUUUGACAAGAAAGAGCAGCGUCUCGUCGAUGCAUUGCAAUGUUAA